AUUAUCUCCCUGCGGGACCAAGUGGUCAUGUAUAAGGGUGCCAACGGUAACAGUGGAUCGGAUAAGACCGCAUUGAUCAACAAGCUCGAACGUGAACUUACUGAUGCACAAACUUGCGUGAGUCCUUAA